AUAAGAGCAAACACAGUGACAAGAGCGAGCACAAUCUUGGCUCACGUGCUUCUGGACGGAAAGUUUUCAUAAGAAAGUCAGGGAACGUUGAAAGCAAGAGAUUUUUCAUGGAGAUAUCCAAAAAGAGGAGAAAUAGGCCAUGGUGGUGAAAAGGAAUUGAACGCAACAAAGCCUCCUAAAUGAUUUUUGUUUUUUAUGGUCUCUCGUGUAAAGAAGGAAAGAAUUUAAAGUCAUCCGUCCUGUUCGAUUUGGAAUUACGGUGCCAUGAAGAUCUCUGAAGGAGCGCUGGACUUGGACACCACGGAUUACGCGGUGGCUCUGGAUCCCAGCUACACCAUGCUGGAGUUUGACAGCCUCAAAGUUCUGCCAGUGGACGCAGAGCCUUUGAGGCCCGAGCCGUCCCCUGUAGCCACAGCCAGGCUGCCCCAAGCCAUAACCAUGCUGUGCUCCAUCUGCGCAGAUAAAGCCACCGGGAAACACUACGGAGCAUCCAGCUGCGACGGCUGCAAGGGCUUCUUCAGGAGGAGCGUACGCAAGAACCAUGCCUACACAUGCAGGUUCAGCAGGCAGUGUGUGGUGGACAAAGACAAGAGGAAUCAGUGUCGGUACUGCAGACUACGGAAGUGCUUCAGGGCCGGCAUGAGGAAAGAAGCUGUACAGAACGAGCGAGACAGGAUCAGCUGCCGGAGGGAAGCUCAGGGAGUCGGGACUCUGACCAUCAGCAUCCUGUUGAAGGCUGAAGAGUGCACACAUCAGUUCUCCGCUCUGACUCCGCCCAUUAGGGACGUUAUCACCAAGAAGAUCGCUCGACCGGCUGACGUUUGCGAAUCCAUAAAGCAGCAGCUCCUCCUCUUGGUGGAAUGGGCCAAACGCAUCCCUGAGUUCUGCGAGCUGUCGGUGGACGACAGGGUCAGCUUACUGCGAGCUCAUUCUGCUGAGCACCUCAUCCUGGGCGUGGCUCGCCGCUCGCUUCCAUUCAACGAUGUCAUCCUGUUAGGAAAUGACUUCAUCAUCCCAGUUAACGGUCCAGAGCUGGAGAUGUCCAAAGUGGCUGCACGUGUCCUAGAAGAGCUGGUCAGGCCUCUCAGAGAGCUGGACAUAACUGAUACAGAGUUCGCCUGCCUCAGAGCCAUCGUCUUCUUCGCUCCGGAUUGCCCGGGGCUGGAGCGUGCUCAGAUGGUGCGCAGGCUGCGUUUCCAGGCCCACGUGUUACUGGAUGAGGCGACGUGCGAGCAGCGCGGCCGGUUUGGGGAACUGCUGCUGUUGCUGCCUCCGCUGCAGAGCACCGCCUGGCACAUGGUGGAGCAGCUCCAGCUUGCUCGGCUCCUAGGAGAAGCCAGCAUGGACAGCCUGCUGCAAGAGAUGCUGCUCGGAGAAUCAGCCCCAGGCUCAAACCCAGAAGUCCUCGGGUUCAGUCCUCCUGUAGACCCGGUUCUACCACGGAACCUACACCCUGAACACGUGGUACUGCCAAACUUCACCUCCGUCAUCCUCCCUGUACCGUCCUCUCUAGCUGGAGUUCCUCUACUCGCUGUCCAGCCUGGCGCUCAGCUCUACACACACACACCUUCUGUAGAAAUGCCACUGGAGAUAGACAGCUGUCUCACCAAGCCUGCAGUCCACACAUGUCUCUGAGCACACACACACACACACACACACACACACACACACACACACACAAACACUCAUGUCUAUGUGUAUUAUAAUGCAUCUUACUGCUCUAUGUUCCCUCUUAUACCAAGACCAUGAAAACUUUGUCUCAUGUCUAAUUAGUUGGUGUUCAGGAGCACAACAUAACAAAUAUAUCUUGUAGAUGAUUAUUUUUGAUCAGGAGAUGUAAAAAUAUUUUGUAAAAACAAAAGAUUAAAGAUUAAAGAUUAAAUUAAUUAAAUUGGAGAUUAAAUAAAUGGUCACCAGCAGGGGGCGGCAGUGAGGGCACGCCACGCUCAGAGCUCGUCUGAGGACCAGGAUACAACAUCAUAUUUUAUCGCUUUUUUAAAUUUCAUCAAAUCAGUUCCUUUAUUGUCCUUAAGUCUAAUCCGAAUCCAGUCGUUCUGUUUGUGAUGAAUUCUCUGGCUUACAUACUGUACACAUACAGUAUACACACAUACACACAUACACAUGUACACACAUAUACACAUACAAACACGUAUACACAUACACAAAUACACGUACACACAUACACAUGUACACACAUACACACAUACACAUACGCACACAUACAUACACAUACACAUGUACACACAUACACACACAUACACAUGUACACACAUACACAUACGCACACAUACAUACACACAUACACAUGUACACACAUACACACACAUACACAUGUACACACAUACACAUCUACACAUACGCACACAUACAUACACACAUACACAUGUACACACAUACACACACGCACACACACAUACGCACACACAUAUACACACACACACACAUACACACACACAUACUGUAAUUAUGACAUUUUAGUUCAAUAAAGUUUAAUGGUCUGUUUACAUUGUGUAGAAUCCUGCUCUUAAAUCACCAUGUAUUCUAAUGAUAUGAUCAAAAUGUUUUCUGUCUGUCUGUCUCCCUGUCUGUCUCCCUGUCUGUCUCACUGUCUGUCUCCCUGUCUGUCUCCCUGUCUGUCUCCCUGUCUGUCUGCCUGUCUGUCUCACUGACUGUCUGCCUGACUGUCUUCCUGUCUUUCGGAAUCUGCUUCUCUCUAUCAGCCUACAUCUCUCUGGCUUUUUAUGUCUGCCUUUCUCUCUGUAACUGCCUCUCUGUCUAUCUGACUCUCUGUAUGAGUCUCUGUCUCUCUCUCUCUCCCUCUCUCUCUUUUUCUCUGUUUUGGCCUAUUAGCCUGUUUGUCUGUCUUUCUAUUUUGUCUGCUUAUCUCUCCCCUCUGUUUUUCUCUGCCUGUCUGUCCAUCUCUCUCUCUCUCUCUCUCUCUCUCUCUCUCUCUCUCUCUCUCUCUCUCUCUCUCUCACACACACACACACACACACACACACACACACACACUUUUUCUGUCUCUCUUCCUGUUUCUGUUUGUCUCUUUUUGCAGCGUCAGCACUGACUCCACACAUAAUUCCACUGAGACGAGUGAAAUGACUCUGUGACUGUAAUAAAGUGUUCAAGCUGGUGAAAUA